AAAACACAUCAGACGUCAUCCAAUCAGAAUUUUCUUGCUGAUAAACACUAGAUGACGGGUCGAAAUGUUGUAAAAAUCUAUCGUUGAAAAAUGUUUUCCACAAUUUUCCUCAUGUAAAUUCUUGUGAAAGUGUUGUUUUUCAAAUAUGAGUUCAACCUACGAUAUAGAGGACGAUGUGAAACCAGAAAUUCCAACACCCAGAAGCUAUUUAGCGGUUGAGAAAGAUGUUUUCAGGAAAAUUAUCUACGAAAUCAGUCUGUUGACUCCUCGUAUAACUUGUGAACAUCAUAUGAAAAAUAUCUACCAAUGGACGGAUAAACUUGUUGUACACCCCGCUAAUUUUGAAGAUGCGGUUAUAAGAAUCGAAUAUGCGAGGUAUCUUUUGUAUCAAAUGAAAAGAGGCUACCUUCAGACGCCAUUCUUGGAGCCUCCACCCUGUGGAAAACUCCCCCAGCUUGACAAAUUCCUUGAUAAAACAUCAGGCAAAUGCGAAACUGGAAGAAUGAUUGAGAAAGUGAAGCUACCUUUGCAUAUGGGCGGAUUUGAUGGCUUGAAAAAACCUGUAUUUGCCAAAGAUAAGUUAUCGAAAACGUUGAUUGAUCCUAAUAAAUAUAGAUGAAAUGGAUGUGGAACGAAAUAAUCAGA